GGUUUACGACGUCAAAGGAGUGUACACGCGCGCGCGCGCACACACACGCUACACGAUAACACACUGAACAAACGCUCAGAGGAUAGGACGGGAGAACCAACAGACUGCCAAUUCCCGGCGGUCAACUGAAGGAAGCAGAAAUAUCCGUCCCAACACAUUCACGGUGGCCGGCGAGACAUUUUGUUUGUUUUUGUCUUACAUCUGAUUCGCUAGGGAAAGAAACAAAUCCCGGGAGCAUCUCGUAAAAGGGGGAGGGUGGGGGGGACUCGCCGUUUCCCGAAUGAAGGGUUGUCUUUAGCGUGGUUUAAAUUGGUUACCCCCCCCCCCCCCCCACCCAAAAAAAAAAAACAACAACAACAACAACAACAAAAAUCAAGAGGCACGAGUAGUCAAAUGAAUUGAAUCGUUCGGAUUGAACAAGUCCGAGGCGCAAGAUAGGAAGACGUCCACUGUUUUCGUCGAUUCUUUGCCAAGAGCAGCACCACAGACUCUCAAUGAAGGAGCCUGAUGCAAUCAAGCUCUUCAUUGGGCAAAUACCCCGAAACCUGGAGGAAAAGGACCUGAAGCCCAUCUUUGAGCAAUUCGGCAAGAUUUAUGAGCUGACGGUGAUAAAGGACAAAUACACGGGGAUGCACAAAGGAUGUGCCUUCCUGACGUACUGCGCACGUGAGUCGGCCCUCAAAGCCCAGAAUGCGCUGCACGAGCAGAAGACACUGCCAGGGAUGAACCGUCCUAUCCAGGUGAAGCCAGCAGACAGCGAAAGCAGAGGGGAAGACAGGAAGCUGUUUGUGGGCAUGCUGGGAAAGCAGCAGACGGACCCCGACGUGAGAAAGAUGUUUGAACCCUUCGGCAGCAUCGAGGAGUGCACGGUGCUCCGUGGGCCCGACGGCACCAGCAAAGGGUGUGCAUUUGUAAAGUUCCAGAACAACGUAGAGGCCCAGGCUGCUAUCAACGCUCUGCACGGGAGUCGUACUCUACCAGGAGCGUCAUCCAGUCUGGUCGUUAAGUUUGCCGAUUCGGAGAAGGAGCGGGGGCUUCGGCGAAUGCAGCAGGUGGCAUCUCAGCUGGGAGUCAUCAGUCCCAUGACCCUGCACCUCGGGGCCUACAACGCCUACACGCAAGCUUUAAUGCAGCAGCAGGCCCUGGUUGCCCAGUCAGCCUACCUCUCUCCUGUUGCCACGGUGGCGGCCGUUCAGAUGCAACAGCUGGCUGCCCUCAACCCCAGCAGCAUCAUCGCCACACCCAUCGCAUCCAUCACCCCCUCCUCAGGUACCAGCACUCCACCCUCCAUUGCUGCCACACCCGUUCCUGCUCUGCCUCCGCCAAUCGCAGUGAGCAGCUACCCCUCCGUGGCGGCACCCCCAAACGGCCAAUCAGCAACUGAGGCCCUGUACACCAACGGGGUCCAUGCCUACCAAGCUCAGAGUCCUGUGCUGGACCCCCUGCAGCAAGCUUACACAGGCAUGCAGCACUACACAGCCACCUAUCCCGCUGCCUACAGCCUGGUGGGGCAGCCGUUCACCCACCAGCCCACUCUGCUGGCUCAGCAACCGCAGCAGCCGCAGCAGCUCCAACAACGUGAAGGUCCUGAAGGCUGCAACAUCUUCAUCUACCACCUGCCACAAGAGUUCACCGACUCUGAGAUCCUGCAGAUGUUUUUGCCCUUUGGAAAUGUCAUCUCGGCCAAGGUCUUUGUUGACCGCGCCACCAACCAAAGCAAAUGCUUCGGUUUUGUGAGUUUUGACAACCCAUCCAGCGCUCAGACUGCCAUCCAGGCCAUGAAUGGCUUCCAAAUAGGCAUGAAGAGACUGAAAGUGCAGCUGAAGAGGCCCAAGGAUGCCAACAGACCUUACUGAAGGAGGACAAUUUAGGAGUUCAAUCAAGAAAACCACCUCGGGAUGUCCCAGCCUUGUUUGGUUGUUUUACCAGCCAUAAUAGCACAUAGGAGCAACACCUCACGCACACAAAAAAAAAAAAACAGUAUCACAUGUUUGAAAUACAUUUAUUUAAAAAACAGCAACUGCAGUAAUAUCAACAAACAAAUCAGCAGAAUAUAUGGCAACAAUAUCAGAAGUGCUCCAAGAGUUCCUAUCAUUCCAUAGCUGGAUUCAUUUAUAUGAUGUACUGUACAUACUCUGUUGGCAACAAGUUCUUAUCUACAUAUUAAAAAAUGUUAAAAAAAAAAAAAAAAAAACACAAAAAAACAAAAGCAUAUCACUGAUGUGAUUCUACUGAACAGGGUCCUGCUGUAUAGUGUGAUUUGUGAUCUAGAAGGUCGGUCAGUCAGAUCGGAGGGAAAAGAAAAUAUAUUCUGUAUGAUUACCACUGGUAAUUUUGUUAUGUAGAAGUAGUUUGAUUAUUUAUACUUAAAUUAAGCUCAUGGUUCCGAACCGGGAGGAGAAUUGAAUGGAUUUCCUCACGCUGUACAUACCUUAGUUGGGGGGGGGUGGGGGGGGGGGGGGUUGAGUAAAAACAUCUUCAAAAUCUCUGCUGCCACUACUUUUCAACUUUACAAAGUGGAAGAAGGGGAUUGGAAUUUUUUUUUUCUAUCUUUUUUUUUUACCUUUACUUUAUUUGGUAAUGAAUUUGAUAGCAGGGAUGUUAUUUCUUUUUAUUUAAUUUAAGAAUAAAGAGGAUUCCUUCUUCCUUCAAGACAAUGAAUACACUUAUUAUAGAGUUUUUAAUUACAUAAAUGUAAGGAAGUAAAAAAAAAAGCAUAAUGGUUCUUUAUUUAUUCUCUACAAUUGCUGU